AUGGAACAGGACCGCGAUGGCACUGGUGCCAUCAACGCCGAGGAGUUCCAGAUCGCCAUGAAGUCGCUUGGCCUGAACCCCAGCAUCAAGGAGGUCAACGAGCUUAUCGCCGAGGUCGACCCCAACAACGACGGCGGCAUCGAUUUCAACGAAUUUCUCCAGCUCAUGAGCGAGGCGCCCGCGCCUUCGAGCAAGGACUCGGACACCAACAAGGAGCUCGUUGCCGCCUUCAAGGUCUUUGACAAGGACAAUAGCGGCUCCGUCUCGCCCUCGGAGCUGCGCCAGGUGCUGCUGUCUCUCGGCCAGCGCGCCACCGAUGAGGAGAUUGAGGAGAUGAUCAGACACGCCGAUCUGGACGGCAAUGGUUCAAUCGACUACCAAGAAUUCGUCCACCUCAUGGCCCCGAAAGACGGCAAGAAAUAA